AUGAAGAAACUGCUUAUCACAUUUUACCUAUUGUUUGCUACUCUACUCACAAAGUCAGUAACAGCGGAUAUUGCAGCUGACAUUGCAGCUGACAAAGCAAAUACCUCUUCGUUGCUUGUCAAGAGAGACGAAAAUGUUGCUAUCAAUGGCUGCCCCAAGUUAGAUUUCAAUUGGCAUAUGAGUCAACAAAACAUUCUACAUUAUGACCUGGAUGUCACUUCUGUGUCUUGGAUCAAAGACAAUGUUUAUGAAAUUAGUAUUCAUGUCAAGGCUGUAAAAGAUAUCCCAUUGAAAUAUUUAUGGUCUUUGAAAAUCAUCGGUGUUAAUGGUCCUUCACGUACCGUACAACUUUACGGAAAGAAUGAAAAAACAUACUUGAUCGACGAUCCAACAGAUUUUACGUCUACUUUCCAAGUCUAUGCCAACCCCUCAUCCGACGGAUGUACUGUUUGGAUGCCAAAUUUCCAAAUUCAAUUUGAAUAUCUACAAGGCGAUGCUGGCCAGUACUGGCAAACUUGGGAAUGGGGUACCACAACUUUUGAUUUAUCGACAGGUUGUAACAACUAUGAUAAUCAAGGCCACUCACAAACAGAUUUCCCAGGAUUUUAUUGGACCUAUCAGUGCAAGGGAAACAACGAUGGAACAUGUACAAAACCCUCUUCUUCAUCUACUACGAAAAUAUCUACCGUUCUUUCCUCAUCUACGAGCACAUCCACUUCAAGUUCUCAAUCUUCUGGAGAAAUUUCACUGCAAAGUAGUCGUCAAAGUACAACUUCAACCAGCAUCAUCGAUGCCACCACUUCCGUUGCUCAAAGCAGUUCAUAUGAUCCAAAUUCUUCAUCUAGUCAGGACGGCAUGUUCCUUAUAAGAAUCCCCAGUGAUGCAACGACUUCAUCCAAUCCAAGUACUUCCAUUGAUGCCACGACUUCAGUAGCUCCAACGACUUCAUCCAAUCCUAGUAGUUCUAUUGGUGCCAGCACUUCAGUUGCUCCAACGACUUCAUCCAGUCCAAGUAGUUCUAUUGAUGCCACGACUUCAGUAGCUCCAACGACUUCGUCCAGUCCAAGUACUUCCAUUGAUGCCACGACUUCCUCUGUUCAAGCUAGCUCAAUUGGGCCAAAUGUCUCAUCUAGUCUAGACGGCAUGUACCGUACAAGAAGUUCAAGUGAUGUAACUAGUUCAGCUUAUUCAAGUAGUCCCGUCGAUGGGACCACUUCCGUUGCCCCAACGACUUCGUCCAGUCCAAGUAGCUCCAUUGAUGCCACGACUUCAGUCGCUCCAACGACUUCAUCCAGUCCAAGUAGUUCUAUUGAUGCCACGACUUCAGUUGAUCCAACGACUUCGUCCAGUCCAAGUAGCUCCAUUGAUGCCACGACUUCAGUUGCUCCAACGACUUCAUCCAGUCCAAGUAGUUCUAUUGAUGCCACGACUUCAGUAGCUCCAACGACUUCGUCCAGUCCAAGUACUUCCAUUGAUGCCACGACUUCCUCUGUUCAAGCUAGCUCAAUUGGACCAAAUGUCUCAUCUAGUCUAGACGGCAUGUACCGUACAAGAAGUUCAAGUGAUGCAACUAGUUCAGCUUAUUCAAGUAGUCCCGUCGAUGGGACCACUUCAGUUGCUCCAACGACUUCAUCCAGUCCAAGUAGUUCUAUUGGUGCCAGCACUUCAGUAGCUCCAACGACUUCAUCCAUUCCAAGUAGUUCUAUCGAUGCCACGACUUCAGUUGCUCCAACGACUUCGUCCAGUCCAAGUAGUUCUAUUGAUGCCACGACUUCCGUAGCUCCAACGACUUCGUCCAGUCCAAGUACUUCCAUUGAUGCCACGACUUCCUCUGUUCAAGCUAGCUCAAUUGGGCCAAAUGUCUCAUCUAGUCUAGACGGCAUGUACCGUACAAGAAGUUCAAGUGAUGUAACUAGUUCAGCUUAUUCAAGUAGUCCCGUCGAUGGGACCACUUCCGUUGCCCCAACGACUUCGUCCAGUCCAAAUAGCUCCAUUGAUGCCACGACUUCAGUCGCUCCAACGACUUCAUCCAGUCCAAGUAGUUCUAUUGAUGCCACGACUUCAGUUGAUCCAACGACUUCGUCCAGUCCAAGUAGCUCCAUUGAUGCCACGACUUCAGUUGCUCCAACGACUUCAUCCAGUCCAAGUAGUUCUAUUGAUGCCACGACUUCAGUAGCUCCAACGACUUCGUCCAGUCCAAGUACUUCCAUUGAUGCCACGACUUCCUCUGUUCAAGCUAGCUCAAUUGGGCCAAAUGUCUCAUCUAGUCUAGACGGCAUGUACCGUACAAGAAGUUCAAGUGAUGUAACUAGUUCAGCUUAUUCAAGUAGUCCCGUCGAUGGGACCACUUCCGUUGCCCCAACGACUUCGUCCAGUCCAAGUAGCUCCAUUGAUGCCACGACUUCAGUCGCUCCAACGACUUCAUCCAGUCCAAGUAGUUCUAUUGAUGCCACGACUUCAGUUGAUCCAACGACUUCGUCCAGUCCAAGUAGUUCCGUUGCUGUCACCACAUCCGUUGCUCAAACUACUUCAUCCGAUCCAAGUAGAUACAGGAACAGCACCACAUCCAUUUUUCAUUCUACUUCAUCCGAUCCAAAAAGCUCUAUCGACACCAUCGCUUCCGAUACUCAAAGUAGUUCAGCUGACCCAAGUAGCCCUAUUGGUGCCACCACAUCCAUUCCUCAGACUACUGAAGUUAAACCUAAUGCUUCAUCUAGUCAAGACGGCAUGUACCGCACAAGAAGCUCCAGGGAUGUGGCCAGCUCAGCCGAUCCAAGUAGUUUCAUUGGUGCCAGCACCUCCGUUAUACAAACUUCUUUAUCCGACCCAAGUAGCUCUAUUGAUGCUACGACUCCCGUUGCUCCGACUACUUCAGCAGUUCCAAGCAGUUCCGUUAAUGGCACCAGUUCCGUUGCUCCAACGACUUCAUCCAGUCCAAGUAGCUCCGUCGAUGCUACCACUUCAGUCGCUCCAACAACUUCAGCUGAUCCAAGCAGUUCCGUUAAUGCCACCACUUCAGUUGCUCCAAAAACUUCAUCCGACCCAAGUAACUCUGUCGAUGCCACGACUUCCGUUGUUCAAACAGGUUCAAUUAGACCAAACGUCUCAUCUAGUCUAGAGGGCAUGUACCGUACAAGAAGUUCAAGUGAUGUAACUAGUUCAGCUUAUUCAAGUAGUCCCGUCGAUGGGACCACUUCAGUUGCUCCAACGACUUCAUCCAGUCCAAGUAGUUCUAUCGAUGCCACGACUUCAGUUGAUCCAACGACUUCGUCCAGUCCAAGUAGCUCCAUUGAUGCCACGACUUCAGUUGCUCCAACGACUUCAUUCAGUCCAAGUAGCUCCGUCGAUGCUACCACUUCAGUCGCUCCAACAACUUCAGCUGAUCCAAGCAGUUCCGUUAAUGCCACCACUUCAGUUGCUCCAAAAACUUCAUCCGACCCAAGUAACUCUGUCGAUGCCACGACUUCCGUUGUUCAAACAGGUUCAAUUAGACCAAACGUCUCAUCUAGUCUAGAGGGCAUGUACCGUACAAGAAGUUCGAGUGAUGUAACUAGUUCAGCUUAUUCAAGUAGCUCCGUCGAUAGGACCACCUCCGUUGCCCCAACGACUUCAUCCAGUCCAAGUAGUUCUAUCGAUGCCACAACUUCAGUUGCCCCAACGACUUCAGCUGAUACAACCAUAUCAGCUAGUCCAUUUAUUUCAAGUGUUUCCUCUUUCUCAUAUAAACAGGCCAAUUCAAGCGCAAUAACUACCUUGACUGUUCCAGGCAAUUCUGUUUCUUUAACUUUUUCAACCGGCUCAUCUAGCUCCUUUGACACAAUGAAUUUGAAUAUUUCAACCGGUUCAGCAUCUACCCCAUCUAAUACAGCAGCUAAAGUAGGCUCUGCUCGUUCUGCUGCUCCAGAUAUGUCAUCUAACUUAGCUAGCAUGGUUCGUUCAACUCCAUCAGUUGUUUCAAGCACUUCGGCUGCUCCAACUGCUCCAACUGAUCCAAACACAUCAGUCACCUUGAAUUCCUCAAUCAGCUCAGCAACCACAACUUUUUCGACCGGCUUGAUAACUGCUAUCUCUGCUACUUCAGCUAUUCCACUUGCGCUUAAUAAUUUAAGCCACUCUAUCGUUCAAACCACCUUAAUUAAUUUAAACACCUUAACUGAGAGAUUAACUUCAAUCGAUUCAACAAUCUCAACUACUCUAACUCCACCGGCUUAUACACCUAUUUCAUCUGAACAAACAACCCUAGUUAAACUAUCUACAUCGGUUGCUCCAACGAUCUUAAUUGACUUAACUGUCUCGACUGAUUCAAACUCUUCUGUUGGAACCACUCCAUCUACCAAAAUACCCAAUCCAACAAAAUCUACUGAAAUUGUAAGUACUAUCACCACAACCAGACCUGCUACACCAAUUGUUAAGAGCAAAUCUGUUUCUGUCAUUUCCGUAAGCCAAUCUCCUAAAUUAUCUUCAAGCAUCAUUUCGGCAUAUUCAACUGCUUCAGCUGGCGCGACCGUUUUAGUUGCACCAUCUUCUUCAGCCCAUCCAACCGCUUCAGUUGGAACUAAGACAUCAGCUGAUGUAAGUGUCACUGGUACCGCCAGUGGAGUAACUGUAUCUGUUCGCUAUUCAACAUUAGUAACUUCGAACAUUAACAUGCACUCUGAUGUCAUGAACUCAGACGAUUUCAGUUCUAGAGAAACUACCGUUAUCAAACAAUCAGAAUUUGCAACUUCUCUUACAUCGACGACUGCUACAAACAACGCUCAACGAACUACUUCUAUUGUGAAUCACAACAUUGAAGAUAACAUCUCUGCCGCCUCUUCUCUGAAAAGCACCUCCGAGGCUUUCAGUAAAACAGCCUCCAGUCAAUACAAUUCCAUUCUUCCCACAAAAUCCUUCACGACCACCACCACAAACACGUUAGCAACGUAUGAGCAUUCCCUUGCAACUGUAUCAACCAGUGCCAUCAGAUCAUCUGUUACUAUUUCAUCUAUGAUGGAAGGCAUCGCAAAUACCGAAGCAGUGGGUAAAUUGAUGUGGCUUGUCGCCGCUCUUCCACUAGCUCUUGUCUAA